UUCAAAAACUCAAUUGAACCGAAAACAAAUUUUAACAAAAUGUCGUGCCUUAUAAUGACUCUGGAUGAAAUGCUUAAAUUAUCUUUGGGUACCAGCCCCCUAACCAAUAUUCAAGUUGCAAUUCUUCACAGUUUCCUCAAAAUUCUCAUUCAAAAGUUAAAUAUUCAAACUGAUUUUGUUGAAAUCUCAGGAACAGAAGUUAAACAUCUUCGAGAAAUGAUGUGUAAAGCUCAUAAUCCUUUGGUUGAUUUUACAGUUUGUUCCGAUGAAAAACUUAACCGUGAUAUCAAUAUUUACCAAAUGGAAGAAGAUAUAAAUAAAUUGACAGAAAUUGUAAACAAACUGGAAAGUGAUUUGAAACAACAUUUGGAAGCUAUUGAACGCUGUAAACGACCUCCAGCUAUGAAUUGUCUUCAACUGAGAAGACCAAAAAAUCGUCCAUUACCGGAAGAUGAGUCAUUUAGUUCAGAUUGUGAAGACUUGUGUACACCAUGUGACGAAAAAAGUCUCAUUGCUUGUGAUCUUCUUCAAAACCAAACUUUUUUGAAGAAACUUAUGCGUCGUAUUACUUCGCCGGUUGUUGAUCGUAUUUUUGAAUUUGAAACAAUGAUAAACAUGCUAAAUGAAAAGUUUCAAAAUUUUUUGAACACAGCUCAGGAUGAGUAUCAAAAAGUUCCUCUAAUCGAAGACUGUUUAAGAGAAACUAGAUCUGUCAAAAAGCAACUCGAUAAACAACAUGAAGAGUUCAUCGAAACAAUGGAAGAAAUUCAAGAAAUGAUGGAUGGCAAAUUAGACAAAAUGCACAUACCUGCUUUGAAGAAGUACAUAAGUGAUAAAAUGUCAAAUAUAGAAAGAAAGUUGGAGGCAGUUAUUCAGAAAGAACAAUGUCCAAAAGCAGCUGGAGUCAUUAUGACCAAUUUGCAAUGCCUUUGUUGUACAACAAAAGUUUGUCAAAAAGAUAAAGUCUAUCCAGUUCCGCUUUUGGGUGAUGUUAAACGCUUUAAAGUCAAGUCAACAAGUCAUGAUCCAAAUUUUUGUAUUCCUCAAGACCGACCUAGAGCGUGUGGUGGAGAUCACACUGUAAUUCGACCGAAUGAAAAAACUCUCCAGAAAUUGAAUCUUCUUGAGGAUUUCGGUGAUCAAAUGAACUUGCCUCAUGAUCUAACCAACAAUGUUAAAUAUUUCAAAGGUCUUCACGGUCGAAUGUAUCGUCAGGGUCCCAAGACUGAUAUUUUGAAAUAAAUUUUCUCAUCUUUU